AUAGCAAUAGAGGGAUGACGGUUUCACUGUAUCUGGUGUGCCGAUAAUCGCAAGGAAGUUUCUGUGAGAUAUUGAAGUUUUUAUUGUAUUAAAUUAAUUAGUUCAUAUAUUGCUUAGUUUGCCACAAGAAUUGCUGAUGAAUCAUAAUGCGGUGCGUGAAUUUCUGUAUAUAAUGGAUACCGCUUGAUGUCAAUAAAUUAGGCUUAGCGUAGAAAUCAGAUCCAAUUAAAUGUUAUGAAAAUAUUGUUUGCUAUUUGUACAUCUCCGACUGCACUGCCGUAUUGUUGAAAACAUUUUGCAACAGCUAAAUCGUAAAUGCAGCGAUCUGUUUAUUUUUUGUGCCCCUCGCCUGUUACGAAAUUACUAAAACUCAAUUAUAAUCGAUAUCGUCGUUCAAGAUGCUUGAAAACUGCAUAAUGUUUCCGUAUUUAUAUCUUUUUGGCUGUACCAGUUUAUUAUUCUGAAAAUUUAGUCUGAAAUAUGUCUUCCAGUCUGGAAUUAAUCUUAGCGUUGUGAUGUGUAGAGAACUUAAUCUUCUACUGCCUAAAAUAAGAAAAUAAAUCUAACACUUUUCUAAUCUCAUUGGAUCAUUUAAAUUCAGAAAGCCAUGACUUCUGCCCAUCCUGGAGCAAGUUUGACUGGUACAUUGAGUGCUACUCCUUUCGUGGAUAAAAUCGAUCCUUUCAAGAAAGGAUCUUUAAAAAGGAAGCCGAAAAAGUCACAAGGAUCAUCUAGGUAUAGGUCAACUAAUGAUGUUGAGCUGCAAGCACUGCCCCUGCUCAAAGAUGUUCCGCCAUCAGAACAGGAAGAAUUAUUUAUUCGGAAGCUUUUACAAUGUGCGAUGGUGUUUGAUUUUAUGGACCCAGUUUCUGAUUUAAAAGGAAAAGAAAUAAAACGAGCAACGCUAAAUGAACUAGUUGAUUAUAUAACGGCAGGGAAAGGUGUACUAACAGAGCCUGUUUAUCCAGAAAUAAUUCGAAUGAUUGCUUGCAAUUUAUUUCGCACAUUACCACCUAGUGAAAAUCCAGACUUUGAUCCUGAAGAGGAUGAUCCUACACUCGAGGCCUCAUGGCCACACUUGCAGCUGGUCUACGAGUUUUUCCUGAGGUUUCUGGAAAGUCCUGACUUCCAGCCUGUGAUUGGCAAAAAAGUGAUCGAUCAGAAGUUUGUCCUACAACUUUUGGAGUUGUUUGACAGUGAAGACCCAAGGGAGAGAGAAUUUCUAAAGACAGUUCUACAUAGGAUAUAUGGAAAAUUCUUGGGUUUGAGGGCUUUCAUUAGAAAACAGAUAAAUAAUAUUUUUCUUAGGUUCAUAUAUGAAACAGAACAUUUUAAUGGUAUUGGUGAACUUCUAGAAAUUCUAGGCAGUAUCAUCAAUGGUUUUGCUUUGCCGUUAAAGGCUGAACACAAACAAUUUCUGGUCAAAGUCCUCAUUCCACUUCAUACUCCAAAGUCCUUAGGGCUCUACCAUGCACAGCUGGCCUACUGCGUGGUCCAGUUCCUUGAAAAAGAUGCCACAUUAACCGAACAGGUUAUAAGAGGUUUAUUGAAAAUUUGGCCCAAAACAUGUAGUCAAAAAGAAGUUAUGUUUUUGGGUGAAAUUGAAGAAAUUUUAGAUGUGAUAGAACUUUCUCAGUUUAUAAAAAUACAAGAACAAUUAUUUAGACAGAUAUCUCGUUGUGUAUCCAGUCCUCAUUUUCAAGUUGCUGAAAGAGCUCUAUAUUUUUGGAACAAUGAAUAUAUCUUGAGCCUGAUAGAAGAAAAUAAUCAAGUCAUAAUGCCUAUAAUGUUCCCAGCCCUUUAUCGUAUAUCUAAAGAGCAUUGGAACCAAACGAUUGUUGCAUUGGUUUAUAAUGUCCUUAAAACUUUCAUGGAGAUGAACUCCAAAUUAUUUGAUGAAUUAACAGCAUCAUAUAAAUCAGAAAGGCAAAAAGAAAAGAAGAGAGAAAAAGAACGAGAUGAGUUGUGGAAAAAAUUGUCCCAGUUGGAGCUGAAUCACAAGGCCAAGCUCAACUCAACUUCCCAUCACUCCCCCUAGUGACUCCUUGAUACACGUUUUAUUUCAGUAGAGUCGGGUCAGCAACACCCGCACUGUACAUUGACACUUGUGUGAAUGUGGUCAUGACUGCCUGUGGCCCAAGAAAAAAAAUAAAAUGUAUCAGUAUAAACUGGCCCAACCCGAGGAACAAAUUCUAUUCCUUUCAUGUGAGGAGGCAUUUCGAUUAACUCCAGUGCAUGACGAAAGGAGAACCAAGGUGGCUUCCUAUCUGUGUUCAAGCUCCAAGUUGCUUGAACUCAUUCUAUACUAUGCUGUUGGAAAAAAAAAUCCUUUUUUAAUCUAUAUUAUAUAUAUAUUGCUUGAAAAAGAAUUUACUGUUAACCAAUUCAUAAUUGCGGAAAUAGAAAUUUUUUGGAGACAAAUUUUUGUAACAUUUGAAAUAUUUGAGGGUUUAUUUCCUAUGUUGUAAGGAAUUGGAUUAAUGGUGCGGGGGAAAAGAGCAGCUAUGUAAAAGAACAGAAUACUUUCUAACCCUAUGAAUCAAAAAUUAGGUUUUUAAUUUUCGUUUCUAACAAAUGACUUGCAGCUAAUGUAUAUCUAUGAGAAAAUUAUCUAAUUUUUAUGAAAUGCAACUUGAUUUCUUUGCCUUUUUUUUUAAUUCAUUGACAUUCAGACAAUGGGUAGUAAAUCAUCAAAUAUUUAUUCUCACAGAAAAGGGGCACAUGCGAGUGCUUUGUAGUUGUGCUGAUAGUUUUAAAUUGUGCAUUUGUCACAAAAUUGCCAGCAAUCAUUGAUCACUUCAUUUUCAUCCUGUUCAUUAACUACCUCAUUUUCUGCACAGAAAAUUGAGAUCCUCCAUCAUUACCACUCAUAGCUAAAGAAAUUGAGCAUUACAUUAGAAAUACAGUUUUAGAUAACUAAAACUUUCUUAUAUAAUCGGUACUGAGUUGUGCAUUUCAAUUCAAUAUCUAAAUUUUUUGUCAAUUCAAUAAAUGUUUUACUGUUUGUUGUACUGUGUUUAAAUUAUAAUUUAAAUUUAUAAGAAUAUAUUUCAUUCAAAUUUUCUAAAGUGUUGGUUUUGUUCUUAAGUUUUUCAUGAUGAAAAUUCUAAUAAUUCUGAAAAGUGAUUAUUUGCUGUUUACUUAACAUAGUUUUAUGUUAAAAAUUUUGAAAAUAUAUCCAUCUUAAUGAUAAGAUGGCUCACAAAAUUCAUUGUUUCAAUUUUUGAAUUAAAGUGAAGUGAAACAAAUGAUGAUACUGAAAGAUAAUGUAGAGUCCCUUCCCUUUCCAUUAUAAAAAUGAAUGAAGGGGAUCUACAGUGGGUUUUUCCCCCUUUCUUUUUUUAAUUUGAAUGCUAGACAUGCCAAA